GCGGGCGGCGCGGGCGGCGGCGGCGCGCAGAGCCUGGUGCACCCGGGGCUGGUGCGCGGGGACACGCCCGAGUUGGCCGAGCACCAUCACCACCACCACCACCACGCGCACCCGCACCCGCCGCACCCGCACCACGCGCAGGGGCCCCCCCACCACGGCGGCGGCGGCGGCGCGGGGCCCGGACUCAACAGCCACGACCCGCACUCGGACGAGGACACGCCGACGUCCGACGACCUGGAGCAGUUCGCCAAGCAGUUCAAGCAGCGGCGCAUCAAGCUGGGCUUCACGCAGGCCGACGUGGGGCUGGCGCUGGGCACCCUCUACGGCAACGUGUUCUCGCAGACUACCAUCUGCCGCUUCGAGGCCCUGCAGCUGAGCUUCAAGAACAUGUGCAAGCUCAAGCCGCUGCUCAACAAGUGGCUGGAGGAGGCGGACUCGAGUACCGGCAGCCCCACGAGCAUCGACAAGAUAGCGGCGCAGGGCCGCAAGCGCAAGAAGCGGACCUCCAUCGAGGUGAGCGUCAAGGGCGCCCUGGAGAGCCACUUCCUCAAGUGCCCCAAGCCCUCCGCGCAGGAGAUCACAAACCUGGCCGACAGCCUGCAGCUCGAGAAGGAGGUGGUGCGGGUGUGGUUCUGCAACCGGAGGCAGAAGGAGAAGCGCAUGACGCCGCCCGGGAUCCAGCAGCAGACGCCCGACGACGUGUAUUCGCAGGUGGGCCCGGUGAGCGCCGACACGCCGCCGCCGCACCACGGGCUGCAGACGAGCGUGCAGUGAAGGCCGGGCGCCGCCGCUGUCACCCCCGCCGCCCCCGUGCGCCGGGCCGGGCC